GCUGACGGGGGACUCCAGUGUGGGACAGGCAGGUCUAGAACUCGGUCGUCUUCUGCCAGUGCUGUAAGUGCCAGCGGACCAAGACUCUCCGCGUUAAAAGUUUUCAUUAGGUCGUGUCAAGACGUUGCUAUAGGAAGACAUCAGCCUAGCCAUGAGAACUCUAAGAGAUCUGUUGAUGGUCAUCUCACUCGUCUGUGGGAGCGUGUACACCACCCCAGGGGAUACCUGCCCGAGCCCCCCAACUUCACCCUCUGUGUCCCGCAGUAAAAACAGACUCAGCAAAAGUGACCGGAGUCCUUUGUUUAGCCUGGAGUUUAAGGAACACGAUGGAAGCACUGACUACGGGGUCCUAAUAUCAGUCCACAAGAGCACAAAGUUCAGCAAUGUAACGAUCUUCGUCGAGCCGACUGACGAGGGCUGCGGGUCUGGAAGAUUCCAGUUCAAGCAGGGGAACUACACGCACGGUGCCAGACAGGGGAACUGUCCAGAGUAUCUGAGGACCACGGCCCACGGCACUCAUAAACAUCUGCCGCAGCUGAUGUGGACGCCGCCAUUUUGUGGGUGUGUUCAGUUUAGAGCUGUGGUGACUGACAAGGCUAACGGCUACUUCUGGGAUGACACCAAAGAAACAAAUGGUCUUCUGUCCCAACAAGUGUGUGUGGAGAGACAGACGAGCCAAGAAAACUACAUCAACGCUCUGUGUGCGGCCAAUGGCCUUCACGAUGUUGAUGCCAUCUUUAACAACCCGGAGUUCAUCAAGUCAUACAAGCCUGACCUGUCGAGCGACGGACCCAAGUAUCACCUGAAAAUGGAGUUGGAGGGACGGAGGUUUGACAACGAACAGUGCUGCUACAAGAACACAAUCAGCGAAAAGGCCGAGUGCUUGAAAGUGACCGGAAUGUACCGCGUGGAUGGCAUCUGUAGGUCAGGAGAUCUGCCCAAUCCUUUCAAUCACAACAAUCUGUUGCACUUACGCAACAGGGAGGCUUACUGCUGUCAUCAACUGGUUCUAAGUUCCAUGAGCUACGACUGUUUUGGUGAGCCAUCCGAACAUACGAUUAGCAGACGGCGUCACAUUCUACAAUUCUCAGACGAUGAUACCAACCCACUCAACGACCUCCAUAUUUUCGCUUUUGAGACGGACGCAUCCAUAUUGAAUCUCCUCCGAAAUGUUGUAUUCCAAAAGAAAGCAGAGGCUACCGAGGAAAAUUCUGAUGAAAAUGAGGAUGAAAACGAAGAUAAAAUUGUUGAAGGGACGCAACCUGAGGGCAACGGUGAAGAAGUUUUUAAUGACAAUGUAGGUCAAGAUGUGAAAACCAGCAAAGAAGAGGUGGGUAAACCUGGCUACAAGCAACUCUCAGUGAACAAAGAGCGACAACGGGGUAACGCUAAAGAUAAAGAUGAGAUAUCCGGUGAACUGAAAAAGCCGGUCAGGAAAUAUGGGAACAGUAAGGAAGCGGAAGCUACAGACAUGCGUGAAACGGAGGGGCAAAAACAUCCACCAAAAUCUCAACGUGAUCGAGUUUCCAGCGCGCAAAAGGAGGUAACACAAUUCGAUUCCGGAAAGGUCAAACCAGGAGCGUCGAGAGAGGCUGAGGCACCGGAAGAGAGGGUGGAUGGUGGUAGAUCUGGUAGACAAAGGUCCAAGGGGAAGAAACCCUUGAGGGCGAGUCAGGAGAAGGACAUCAGGACCGGGUCUAGGGAGCAGAUGGAUAGGACGAGAGGUCAAGGGGGAGAGUCCACGUCCACCUCAAACAGACCAGGCGCAAGCCGAAAGCUAACAACGUUGCAGAAGAUCCGGAUGAUGGAGAGAUGUUGUGAGUUCGGAUCCACCCAGGGAACUACCGUCACGGUCUACACCAAACCUCAAGCAGACCUGGAGUGUGCCGACCGGGCCCGAAAGUUUGUUACAGAGGCUCUCAUGGGCCAGGGCUCCAAGAUGUGCGAGAAGAAAUACAAAUUGUGCUGCAUUGAAAACGCUCAAAUAAGUAUAACCAUGACUAGCACAGAGUUCGCACGUCGCUACAUGACCUACCAACAGACAGAAGAGGAAGUGCCGGAGGAGGAAGUCACGGAUGUCGCUGACGACCUAGAGAACGAGGAAGCCCAACUUCCGGCUUUCAAAGGCUCGGCCAGUCUAGGGCGGAGAUCUCUGGAAGAUUUUGAAACCGAAAGUGAAAGAAGGUUCAAAACCAUGCGAGAGUCAGCGCAGUUUGGCGGCACAGAUUUGGACGAGCCCAAUGGACCUGCACGCUUUGACGACAUGGACAACACCGAUAACAACGACGAUGUUUUCUUCCGAGGAGACCACGGCAACGAGAAGAAGAAAACCGAGAACGAAAAGGACGAGCUGGAUGCUGCUGGCGCGCUGUACACGGACCUGGAGAAAACAGACCCGCUGUUUCGAGGUGCCCUCAUUGAGGAUCAGGAAUCCUACAGGCUGAGCCCGAAAAUAAACACAAAGAAACAUUCACCAAAACUCAGUCCAGCGCGGACAGCGAGUCGGGAAGUAAAGAACAAGAAACAUAACCCUUCCAAUUCCGGAGUUAGGCAGAGGAGUGGCGAGAGGACAUCUAAGGAAACCGGCCGGAGAGCAUCGUCCAGGGGGACCUCUAGGGAGGCGAAGUCCAUGCAGACGUCAUCAGAGCGAAGGAAAUUACCCCCCGGGAACCAGAUUGCCAGCUUUAUGGGCAGGAACGGAGUCCAGGACUCCCGUGAGAUGAGGGCGGCGUACAACAACUUGUUCCCGAGAAUUUCAGACUCCAAAGAAAUGAUGGUCGCGCAGAAACAGUUCGCCAAGCGUAAAAGACAUUUGCGAAAUUGAUUUAGAAAUGUUUAAGUUUUAACCUAGAUCUAACUAAACCUAAAUCGUACUUCUGUUUGUUUUUUUUAAUUUUACACCAAAAAUGCCAAACUGCCAUAUAAUUAUUUUAUUUGUUAUUUCAAUAAAGUUUUUUUUUUUAAAAAAAGACUGUUGAUAUUUCGUUGAUCAAAAAUAGUUUAUUAAAAAAAAUUGUAAAAUCAUAUCCAAAUCAACAAAAUAUUAAAAUGUCUGCACUAUC